AUGUCGACUACCACCAUCACAGAGACACAGGCGCAACGCACUGUUCCCAUCAGCCUUGAAGCAAACAAAUAUCCAGAGCCUUUGACUACUUCAGGAGCCCUUGACAAGUUCAACUUUGAAGAGUCAACACCCGUCAUUGGCCGUGAAUACCCUAACGUCAAUCUGGUUGACGAUAUUAUUAAUGUUAAAAAUGCUGAUGAACUGAUCCGUGAUCUGGCCAUCACUAUCUCUGAAAGAGGAGUCGUCUUCUUCCGCGCCCAGGAUAAUCUCACAGAUGACCUCCACAAGGAACUUGUGCAACGUCUUGGCCAACUCACCAACAAGCCAUCAGCAUCAACCCUUCACAUCCACCCUCUACUCAACGGCAGCAACGAGUUUGGUGUAGAAGACAAUGAAAUCAGCGUCAUCUCAUCCCAAUCCCACUUCUUCCAAGAUAGAGAGAAAGAUAGAGAUGACCGCAAGCAAGGCGCUGCCAGCUGGCACAGCGAUAUUCAGUUUGAAGAGUACCCAGCCGACUACACAAGUCUGCGCCUUACCAAGCUUCCAGCCGGAGGUGGUGAUACGCUCUGGGCUUCGGGGUAUGAGCUAUAUGAUCGAUACAGUGAUCCGUACCAGAAGUUCUUUGAAGGCUUGACCGCGACGUUUUCGGGUGAUGGGUUUCUCAAGGCCCGUGAUGCUCGACCUGAUCACUUCAAGAUUUAUGAGGAGCCACGCGGUCAUCCUGAGAACAUCGGCGACGCGCUCAAGACUUCGCAUCCAGUAGUCCGAACAAAUCCCGUUACAGGCUGGAAGUCUCUCUUCGCAGUGGGCAACUUUCCCAGGCGUAUCAAUGAAUUGAGUGCUCGAGAGAGUAAAGAGUUACUCGAGUCAUUCUAUAAGCGGAUUGAAGAGAACCAUGACUUGCAAGUGCGAUUCAGAUGGAGAAGCCCUAACGAUAUUGCAUUCUGGGAUAACCGUAGUGCGUUCCAUAGCGCCACUAAUGAUUAUGAUGGUCUUGGUCAGAGAGAGGGUCAUCGUGCUGUUGGAAUUGGCGAGAAGCCUUACUUGGACCCUAACAGCCUUUCCAGAACCAAGGCUUUGAGAAACAAGAACUAA